AUGGAGAAAAUCGAUAAUAUAAGGAAAAAAUAUAAUAAAUACUAUGAUAUAAAGCUGGAAAAGUUCAAAAAAAAUGCCUUUGAAAUUAUUGAGUAUAAGGAUAAGAUAAUAAGAAUGCUAUGUGCCAUAUUGGAGGUGCAAGGAGUUACAACCGUAAACAUUAAAGAGUUUGUUUCAAGCACCACAGAUCAAAUAAAAGAUCACUUACUCGAAAACAGUGAAUAUGAACCAAAAUCUAAUAAAAAGAAAACAUCAUCUCGAAAAAGAACACUGAUAAAUAUUCCAGAGUUCAAAAAGUCAAAAAGAAACAAAGAACUAAAUAUAUUUUCAACUCCAAUUAAAAAAGACGAAGAAUCAUAUAAAGAGAAGCAUUUAUCUGAUUCUGUUUUAAGUUCUUAUAAAUUAUCAUUAAAUGAUAAAACCUCUGAAAACAAGAUAGUGGAAAAUAUAAAUUCGAGAAGCCUUUUUGUUAGAGAAAUAGACAUAGAACAAGAUAGGGUUCAAAGUGAGACUGAGGAAGACAGUUUUAGCAGCAGUGACCAUAUAAAUAAUGGCGAAUAUGACCAAAAUAUCGUAGAAAGUCACAAGAAAUCGGUAGAAAACACCAAAAACCCUGAAUUAAAAUUCGAGGAUGGUCAUAAAACAAGUGUUAGAAAUGAAGUUAAUAAUUCGAAGAUUUUAUCCAAAAAUAAAGAUAUCUAUACAGAGGAGUGUCAACUGUGUUUAAUGCCCAAUACAGAAUCUUUACAUGGAAACUUCCCUCCCGUUUUUUAUAAGCUAAGUUGCGAUCAUAUUUUUCAUUUAAUGUGUGUCUAUGAAACUGUAAUAAGAAGAGAAUGUAGAAAGACAUGUUGUAUUUGUCACACCGAAUUAAGUGAAGGAGACAAAAGUGAAAUAAUAAAUAAAGUAAAACAUGAAAAAAAGGAAAAUGACAAAAAGAGCAAACUCUUAUUUAAAGCCAUGAAAUUACAGGAAGAAAGCAAAGAUUAA